CCAGUUUGUUCGCUUCUGUUUUUCAGCGACAUUUUAAAUGGUGAAAAGUUCGUGAAAGCCGUUCCGUGAACGUUAAAAUUAGCUACGAUGGACGGUUGGUGUCGUAUUUGUUCGCGAAGCGAUGAUUUUCGUCGGUAUCCGUUGUUUGCCGUUGCAGAAGUUAGCCAAGAAGUUAUUGCCAACAUGAUCACUUGCUGCACAGACACUCAGGUGUCUAGUGACGAUGGUCUGCCGCAGCAAAUAUGUCCGGACUGUUUGAUUACGCUCAGUUUAGCGCAUUCAUUCCGCAGACUCUGUCGACGCACCGAUGCAAAGUUGCGAGACUGUUUUCGUGAUGGUGCACCCUCCCAGCCUAACGAAAACCAACAACAUCAGCAACAGCAGCAGCAGCAGCAGCAGCAUAUUUCUCAAGCGCAGGACGACAGUGCAUACGAGCACAUUACUGCUAUCAAGGAAGAGGUAGAAUUCGAUUACGAUUACGAGUGCGAAAUUCCACCGCCAGAGAACCAGUGGGUAAUACAGAACCCCCGAACCAUCCGGGAAGGUGCUAUGACCGUUGUGCACAAUACCGGCCAGUACUAUGAGCAACCGGACGACACUAGCUGCAUGGAUACAAGUGCGAACAGUACGAUGGUAUCCAUAGGACAAGUUCACCUACAGCCGGAGCUCGGUGAAUCGUCGACAAGCUUCCAAAAAAGCGAGAAAUUAAAGAAGAAACAAUCAGCGGAACCGGAACGAUUCAGCAAACGAAUUCGACAGGAAAUUCCGGAUGAACAAAAUGCAGUCCUCAAUCAGCCGGUGAACGCAAGUAGCGCUAUCAACAGCGUGGCUGCCGGUUCAACCCAACAGCGUUGUGAGCAUUGUAAGAAAAAAAUGAAAAAACCUUACAAGCACCGAAAUGGCAAAUGUAUGAUGCUGAAAAGUAAAAAUUCCAAACCUCGCUGCGUGUACUGUAAUAUGACGUUCGUCCGCAGUGGAAGCCUACCGGGUCAUUUGCGCAACACGUGCCGUGUGUACCGUGAGGUAUGCAAAGUUAAGGGCAUUGAUGAACCGUCUAAGGCAGAUCAAACAGCAACCCCGUCACCAUCUAUUGAAGUCGCUGGGACGAGUGUAGUCUCUCCGGUGCAGAAUACCUUUCAAAACAAAUCGUUAGAACAGAAACCAAUAAAAAUACCAUCAAAAAGAAUGCUUCGGGCUACUUGCGAAUAUUGCGAUCAUACAUUUUCACAUCGAUCAAACCUUCUCAAGCACCAGCACCAGAGAUGCAAGAUUCUCCGAGAGAUAAAGGCUCAACAAAGGGUAAAAUGCGUCGAUGUAAAAGAGCUUUUUAAAGCGGAACUGAAGGUCCCUGUUCAAGUUCAGCAGCCAAAAUCACGGUCUCCUGUCAACAAAAACGCCAUCGAUGAGGAGGACCAUUUGGAAGCAGAAGAAGAAACCCAGUGUGUCUACUGUACGCAAAAGGUUAGCAAGAAAACACGCUAUCAGCAUCACAACGGUCGCUGCGUACUGGGACGAGCAACAUCAGAACAUCCAUGCCCUUACUGCCCCAACGCAUUUUCUUCCCGAAGCAAUUUGCUAAGGCAUCAGCGGGAGCGAUGCACACAGUACCAGAAAGAACAACCCAUCAAAGCGACCAGGUCCGCUCAUCCAACAUUUCCCGUGGCAACUAAACUACUUCCAGCUGACCAAGCACCCAAACCAGCUCCCCAGAGUAAACAAACCACUAAAUCCGCCGAGAAUCACUCUGUCAACGGACAAAAGGAGCUACGGAGAACCUUCUGUAAAUACUGCCGCCAGCUGGUGUGCAAUUCCGAUCGGUUGAAACAUGAGGAAAAACGCUGCAUUAGCAGCCAGCCCGCAGACUAUCUUUGCGGAUAUUGUCGGAAAGCGUUCGCAGCAAGGGAGAGCUUAGUGGAACAUCAGCGUGGCUGUACUGUCCGUAAGCUACACAAACAAGUCAAGUGCCAGCACUGUGGCAUGACCAUCUCCAACCGGGCCAAUCUUAGGAAGCAUCAGAAGCUUUCGUGUAAAUAUAGUCGCCAAUCGGAUAACAUUAAACAGGAAAAACACCCAACCGAAAACCUCCCAAAAAGGCAACCGAAAAUAAAACAGGAAAACAGUAAAUGUAACACGAGUGUAACCCCCAAGGCAGAACCACAAGUCGAUACUAAAGACGAUAAAAAGGUUGCGAAAGAAAAAAAACCUCUUCACCCUUGCAGUUACUGCAAAAGGGUAUUCAAAGGAGCCGGAUUCGUACGUAGACACAUGACCAUUUGUCCAUCGAAACCUGUGUCGUUGGAAAACUACAUAUGUCGAUAUUGUUCGGCACGCUUUACCACUAGAAGUCACAUGUAUCGCCAUCAGCGACUGUACUGCAAACAAAUUACUAGAAAAAAGAGCUUUUCUGAAGACGCUGAGGAACCCCUCGCUUCGACAACGACGAACUCCACCCCCAAACAGAAGAUGGCAAACAAGCACAAUAGAUUUAUGCAGUUGCGUGAUUCGGUUGUUGCUGAAAGCAACAACGCUGCGGAGAUUAAGGAACAGUGCGAUGACCGUCGUUCAUCACCGCCGAAAGAAACUGACACCAAACUAAACUCGGUGGAAGAACAUGAACCACCACCACCACCACCGCAAACGAGCGACAACAGCAACGCUGUAGUGGAAAAGGUACCCACGGAGUCGCCGCCACCGCCAACCCCAUCAGUCACCACAAUCACCACAAUGCCAGCGGAACCGACGCCUGUUGAGACAAUAGUCAGUGAGAGUGCAGCCGAGUGUGAGCAAGGAACGAGCAACGGAAUCUGAACCACAGCGCGAUAAGGAAGGACAGUGCAUGCCAAGCGAUACAAUCGCAAGGUCCCGGUAAAAAUACGUGAAUUUCAUUUAUGUUUUAGUGUGAGGAAUCAGUCACGUGAUCAGUGUUAGUGUAUUACGCGAGCAAAAUGUUAAGUCAUAAAGUCUGACAUCGUGUGGUAAAAUGGAAAGUAUAACAAACCAGAGAAAUUCAGUAUAGAUUUUCUUGCAAAACGUUCGUACUACAGUUCUGCCGCUCCGCUGUAGACAGAUGACAACGCCACUGAAUGUGGAGAUGAGUAAAAACAAAACAGAAAAGCAUAGGAUAAAAGAGGGAGUUAGCCAGUGCAAAAACUAAUACAAAAA